GGGGCCCUACCGGAAGCGUGCGCCGGGCCGCGGGAGGCGGCGGCUGCGGCGAAGGCGCCGAGAUGGGGUAACCGAGACCCACUGUGAGGAAGUGACUUUUGCCUGAGACACUGGAGAGGGCAGAGACGGAGCGCUUGGAACUUGCAUUUUUGGACCUGCCGCCAGGACCUAGGGAUUUCCACCGGGGCAGGGAGCACCCCCACCCGGAAUUCCAGGCUUCUCGGAGGUCGCAGGGAACACAGACAAGUCCCCAGCUGUGGCUCUCUGCCCAUGUCCCCUGGGGAAGCCGGGGGAGGAAGCCAGCGGCAGCCCGAGGUUCUUUGACGGGGGGAACUCUGACUGUGGUUCCUGAAAGUGUGUGACAUGGUUGUUUUUUCUAUCUGACUCGUUAUCUUGCUCUCUGUCACUCUGAAGAAUGACUGGGCACUCCUAAAGCCUUCACUCAGCAUCCAGGGGGGUUUUUUCACCACAGAGGGUAAUUCCUGCCCCAUCCCUGUUGUGAUUCAGCUGUGACGUUGAACCACACAAGUCAGCGAGAAGAUAAAGUCAUCAGACUCCUGCUCGCCAGAGAGGGUGGCCCACGCCAGAACUCACUUCUUCUCUCGGCACAGAAUCCACGGGCUGUUCCCCUCCCCCGAGGAGCUUAGUCGGGCCCCUGGCCAGCCUGGGACCUCGGGAUGGCCUCUGGCUCAGCCAACAGCCCCCGCCCAGCCCCUGAUGAGAACGAGUUUCCCUUUGGGUGCCCUCCCACCGUCUGCCAGGACCCAUCAGAGCCCAGGGCCCUCUCCUGCACUGCCUGUCUCUCUGAGAACUUGAGGAACGGCGAGGAUCGGGUCUGUCCCAAGUGCAGAGGAGACGAUUCCCAAUCUGUAAGCCCAGGGAGCCUUAUGUCUCAGGAGAAGGAUCACCCUGAGGUGGCCGCAGAUGGAGUUGGGUGCCCCUUUGCAGGUGUUGGCUGCUCCUUCAAGGGAAGCGCAAAAUUCAUGCAGGAGCAUGAGGUCACCUCUCAGGCCACCCACCUAAACCUGCUGUUGGAGUUCAUGAAACAGUGGAAGGCCCAGCUGGGCUCAGGCCUGGGGUCGGGCCCCAUGGCCCUGGAGCGGAAUCUGUCAGACCUGCAGCUGCAGGCAGCCGUGGAGGUGGCUGGGGACCUGGAGGUGGACUGCUACCGGGCACCCUGCUCUGAGAGCCAGGAGGAGUUGGCCCUGCAGCACUUCAUGAAGGAGAAGCUCCUGGCCGACCUGGAGGGGAAGCUGCGCGUGUUUGAGAAUAUUGUCGCCGUCCUCAACAAGGAGGUGGAGGCCUCCCACCUGGCCCUGGCUGCCUCCAUCCACCAGAGCCAGCUGGACCGCGAGCUCAUCCUGAGCUUGGAACAGAGGGUGGUGGAUUUGCAUCAGACACUCGCCCAGAAAGACCAGGCCCUGGCCAAGCUGGAGCAGAGCCUGCGCCUCAUGGAGGAGGCCUCCUUCGAUGGCACCUUCCUGUGGAAGAUCACCAACGUCACCCGGCGGUGCCACGAGUCGGCCUGCGGCAGGACCGUCAGCCUCUUCUCUCCAGCUUUCUACACGGCCAAGUACGGCUACAAGUUGUGCCUGAGGCUCUACUUGAAUGGCGAUGGGACGGGAAAGAGGACCCACCUGUCGCUCUUCAUCGUGAUCAUGAAAGGGGAGUACGAUGCUCUGCUGCCGUGGCCUUUCCGGAACAAGGUCACCUUCAUGCUCCUGGACCAGAACAACCGUGAGCACGCCAUUGACGCCUUCCGGCCCGACCUGAGCUCAGUGUCCUUCCAGCGGCCCCAGAGUGAAACCAACGUGGCCAGCGGCUGCCCGCUCUUCUUCCCUCUCAGCAGGCUGCAGUCGCCCAAGCACGCCUACGUGAAGGACGACACCAUGUUCCUCAAGUGCAUCGUGGAGACAAGUGCUUAGGGCAGCAGGGGACAAGAAGCCGCACCUGCGCCCUGAGGGAGCACCAACCCAGACUCGUGGAGGUGCCACGAUCCCAAGGCACAGUGAUAGGCUGGGGCUGGCGUGGUCUGAGCGGGGCUGACAGAUUGACGAUGGCGGCCAUCAGCUUCGGGUGGCAGGACCUUGGCAUGGGCCCACAAAGGCAGAGCUCAGAAGGUGGUGGUGGUGGCAGAAUUGUUCCCUCUGCCCUGACCAUACAACACUGGAGGCCUGGCCGCCACUCCAGCCCUGAAUAUUGAGGUGGACUCUGACCAGGAUGGGGCGGGCAUGGGGGUCAGGCCUAGGUCAUGGAUGGCCAUCUGUAGAUAAAGGACCCGAGCCUGGGAAGGUCCCUGCAGGGCCACCAUGGGGAACUGGAAACAUGCUUGCUGUCUUCCUACCUGGGGUCGGAAACGAGGGGUGGAUGGGACAGGUUGCCAGGGUGAAUUCAGUCUGUCAAGCAUGCACUGAGUUCCCCAUCACUGGGGGUGAACACGCAACCUUGCUAACCAGAUUUCCCUUAGCUUUGUCUUAUCUCUUGCCCUUGUCAUAGGGUCCAUGACUGAUUCUCUGGGGCCCACAGAACAGUAUCAGGCCAUAGCUGACCCAUAAAAGUUGAUUUGAUGAUGCCUGAG